AUAUUACACUCCUGGCUUUACUGACCGAUGAGUCGAGCUGACCACUUAAAGAAUGGCAUCAUUUGGCUUUGGAAUGUUGCUUUUUUUGGUGACACUUUGUACGUUUCCAAGCUCAACAUUACAAGCGUGUACCCAGUACACAGAUAUGGAAACUGAAAUGGCCAAAGAAGGAUACGCUUACUGUCCGUACACAGAUGAUAAUUUGUACAUGUCUGGAUUUACUCGAAAACGAGGGACCGAUGAUCUAAGGGACUUUAAAACUUAUAUAUGCUGUCAGCCUCCUCCACAACACAGAAAGAAGCCGUACACGUGUACAUCAGCUGACUGGGACAUGAGUUUUUCAAGGGAGGGCUGGGCUGUUUGCUCAUCUGGGCAUUUCCUUCGUGAACUUCAUCGCGGUGGAAGCCAUGAACUGAAGAGUAUCCAGUGGGCCACAUGCUGUAAGCCGGCACUUCAUCCUCAUUGGUACAAACAGUGCUAUGAACAAGACGUUGGUCAAGGCGAGCGGAUGGCUUGCAGUAGGAAUGGUUACUAUGUGGUGGGGAUUCAUAGAGGUGCCUCUGAAAAGCUUUCCAGCAUCAAUAAGCUUAGGUGCUGCAACAUGUAUGAUAAGCCGCUCACGCUCAAAUCAGUAUUAGAAGUCAAGACAAGAGUCAUGGACAUCACACAAGAAAAUCUGGCAUUGUUGGCCAAUGAUCUUGGUUAUGGUUGGGCGGGUGGAUGUCGAGGUAGAGUCGCCGGUCAGGACUUUGUGCGCGAGGGUGAUUCCUGGAGGUCACAUUACCAGCAAGGAUGUAGCGGAUACAUGUCCACAACUCGUCUGAAAAUCCAUUACGACAACUUUUCGUUCAGAGUAAAGAAUAUAGACUACGGGAAACCGGAAAUCGAGUCAAUGAAGCCCAUUGUGCAAGAUGUCGGAGAGAUAAAGAACCUGGAUUCCCAAUCGACGAAAAGUACGAUAGCACGACAGAUUAAGACUGUCCGCACCGUCACUCACUCGUCUUCGACCAGGUUCAAAUCAGGUUGGGGUGCUUCCGUUACCCUCAGUUACAAGUCUCCAGGAUUGAUUGGCGAGGUAGCCACCGGAACUUUCAAGGCAUCUGUAACUUUGUCAGGGGGAAGCGAAAGUGCCCAGUUGAACACAAAAGAAAAUGGUGAUAUUAACUGGGAUAUUGUGCAAGUGAAGGAAACGCAAACGACGGAGGGAAACUCAGGUUCCUCCUAUCAAAUAACCACCUCCCAGAAGAAAGUCAAUGUUCCUUACAAAGCCACCAUACAAGUCCAGUUCACUGCUACUCUCGAUGGCUUCCUUAUCUGGGGAGGAGGCGCAAACGGCGAUAAUCCAAACUACCACGAGAGGUAUCGAGGCUCAGGUGAGCGGCCCAUCUUUAAGUAUAAAAUUGGCACAGAGAAGGUUCCCUUCUACACGUUCUUGAAGCAGGCGAGCCAAAGAGGUGACAGUCCUUGGUUAUGGAAUCUGAUGAAGCAGAAUAAGCCUUAUUCCAAAACCGCAAUAGACAUACUCACGGACGAGUCUCUCUACGAAUUUGAGCUCGAGGGAAAGUUCCAUGAUGUGGCUGGUUUCGAUUUUAAUGUGCAAUGGGAUGAUGUAGCAGUGGGAGGCGCUAAUUCCACCAUCAUUGCAUGAAAAUCUGUAGCAAGUGAAAAAUUUACAUUAGGCUUUCCAAACAAACAACAGCAUAUUGUUAUAUGAGGGAUUUCAUCAAAAUCGAAUAAAUUGAAGAAUAAAAUCCCUUUCA